ACUGAAAGUCCCCGUAUUGGGAACGUGUUGAACCUUCCAGGGCAGAUUUUAUAUCUGACUUUGCUUAGGUAAGUGAAAGGCACAUAGCAUAGGUAGGCAAAGGUGGAUCCUAUACUGGGUUUUGGGUAUUUAAGGAGAUCUUGGUCUCUUAAAUUUCUUCAUAAUUACUAGUUUUGGUCUCCCUAUAUUUCAUUCAUAAGUACAGACCAUAACUUCUCACCUUCGCUUUUUCAGCUCCUCGUUUCUGAAUCCAUUCUUGAAACAAGUACAAGGUCGAGGUUCUUGAUAGCUGAAAAGAUGGUGAAGAUCUGUUGCAUUGGUGCUGGUUAUGUUGGAGGUCCUACUAUGGCAAUUAUUGCAUUGAAGUGCCCCUCGAUUGAAGUAGCUGUUGUUGACAUAUCAGUUUCUCGGAUUGCAGCCUGGAACAGUGAUCACCUUCCAAUUUAUGAGCCAGGCCUUGACGAGGUGGUGAAGCAAUGCAGAGGCGAAAACCUUUUCUUUAGUACUGAUGUUGAAAAACAUGUUUCAGAAGCAAACAUUAUCUUUGUUUCUGUUAAUACUCCGACGAAAACUAGGGGUCUUGGAGCAGGAAAAGCUGCGGAUCUAACAUAUUGGGAGAGUGCAGCCAGGAUGAUUGCUGAUGUAUCGAAAUCUGACAAGAUAGUUGUCGAGAAAUCAACUGUUCCUGUGAAAACAGCUGAGGCAAUUGAAAAGAUCUUGUUGCAUAAUAGCAGAGGCAUCAAAUAUCAGAUUUUGUCAAAUCCUGAAUUUCUUGCAGAGGGCACUGCAAUUCAGGAUCUUCUUAAUCCGGACAGGGUUCUUAUUGGAGGAAGGGAAACACCUGACGGUCAGAAGGCAAUUCAGGCUCUGAAAGAUGUAUAUGCACACUGGGUUCCAGAAGAUCGAAUACUUGCAACAAAUCUAUGGUCAGCAGAAUUAUCAAAGCUAGCUGCAAAUGCAUUCUUGGCACAAAGAAUUUCUUCUGUAAAUGCAAUGUCAGCUCUGUGUGAAGCAACUGGAGCAGAUGUCUCACAGGUCUCACAUGCUGUUGGCAAGGACACAAGAAUUGGUCCCAAGUUCCUUAAUGCUAGUGUUGGUUUUGGAGGAUCUUGCUUUCAGAAAGACAUCCUAAACUUGGUCUACAUUUGUGAAUGCAAUGGCCUAGCUGAAGUUGCCAACUACUGGAAACAAGUCAUCAAGAUCAAUGACUACCAAAAAACCCGUUUUGUCAAUAGAAUUGUUUCCUCCAUGUUCAAUACAGUUUCUGGUAAAAAAAUAGGCAUUCUCGGUUUUGCAUUCAAGAAAGAUACUGGCGACACAAGAGAAACUCCAGCGAUUGAUGUGUGCAAAGGCUUGCUUGGGGACAAGGCGUGCUUGAGCAUAUAUGAUCCGCAGGUGACAGAGGAUCAAAUCCAAAGAGAUCUAUCAAUGAACAAGUUUGAUUGGGAUCACCCAGUUCAUCUUCAACCACUAAGUCCAAGUGGUGUGAAGCAAGUGAGUGUGGUUUGGGAUGCUUAUGAGGCAACAAAAGGGGCUCAUGGUCUUUGCAUUCUGACUGAGUGGGAUGAAUUCAAGAACCUUGAUUAUCAGAAAAUCUUUGACAACAUGCAGAAACCUGCAUUUGUGUUUGAUGGAAGGAACAUUCUGGAUGUGGACAAGUUGAGGAACAUUGGUUUCAUUGUUUAUUCUAUAGGGAAACCAUUGGAUCAAUGGCUUAGAGAUAUGCCUGCUGUGGCAUGAGGUUUCUUCUCACCUGCAAACUAAACCUUUGUUUAACAUACCCCAAUUCUAUGUUGUUUUUCUUUUCAUUACUUGAAGAAUAAACUAGAGUUUUUCUUUUCA